CGGGAUCGUGUUUGUGUUGUUGUCCAGUGUGUGCCUCCUACUACUUGAGAUUCUUGGCGGAUCGACCAAAGCAUUGCGAACAAGGAGAUCCCACCGAUAAGACAGAGAGCUUCCCUCUCACAGGGCGACGAUUGGUUCGUCAACAUUCGUUCGCGACGAAAGUCAUCCGAGGUUUCACCAACAUCACCAUGGCGGUGCGGAAUGUCGCAUACACCACCGACGGUGCGGGAAAUUACAAUGUUAGAGUCUGGAAUCUAGAGACAGGCGGUCCGUUGAGCUGUUACACUGGAGGGGUUUCGCAGCCACGGACACUGUCCUUCAUAAAGGGAGAUUACAUACUCUCGGCUCAGAAAGAUAAAACAGCCUUCAGUCUGUGGUCGUUCAGACAAUAUGAACAAUCUACUCGGAGAUUCGCUGCUCCGGACAAGGUCAGAGCCCUGGCCGUUUCACCGAGCGGCAAUCACUGCGUCGCUGGCAUCGGUUGCGAACUGUACUUGUGGGAAGUCUCGACUGGAGCGCUUAUCGGAAGUAUACAAGCGCAUUUCCAGCCGGUGACGGUCGUGAAAUUCACCGACGACGGAACUUCAGUCAUAUCCGCAUCCCAUGACAGCUCCGUGAGCGUCUGGCCCAUCGACUGCUUCCAUCCCGACGAAAUUCCUGAGCCCGACAUGACGUUCAAGGAUCACAACCAGGCAAUACAGGAUAUGUGCGUGGUCGGAUCCUUGGUGACCUCUGUCAGCAGCGCUGGUCUCUUAACGGUCCAUAGUCUGCAAACGGGCUGUCUCGAAUACAGGAAGUUCUUUGGCAAAGUCAUCGACUCCGUGGACAUGACGCCGAGCAUGGACGCGGUUUUCGUAGGUUUCAAAGAAGGAACCAUCGUCCGCUUGAGCCUUAAAGAUGAAUCUCAGCUCGAGUUCGUCGGACACAAUGGACCCGUGAGAUGUUUAUCGGUGUCGACCCAUCUGCUGCUCUCAGGAUCCGAUGAUGCUACCGCUCGGAUCUGGGACGCCGAACACGGACAUCUCCUGCAAACACUGCGCCACGACGGAGCUGUCACUAACGUCAGGAUCGCCUCAUUCCCGAGCAACGCUCUCUCCAAGGAAGCCAACAAAUCCAAAGCCCUGGCCUCCGUUUGCAACUUCCAACGAGCCUUCUCGAAAAGUGACGUUACGCGUCAGAGUCACGAUCGCCUCGAGGAGGAGCAGGAAAACGUUGCGAUCGAAGUCAAGCCUUGCGAAAGAGCUCAGGAAGAGCUCUCGAUUCCUCCGCAGACAAGGGACAUGAUGAAGAAGAUCGCCAUUGCGAACACCGACAUUGUGAACUUUGUUGUGGCCAGUCUCUGA